AUGGGGAGAAUCACAUGUAGCUGCUGUGCCGUGAUCCUGCUGGCCAUCAUUAGCUCAUGUCGUGCAGUCACUCUGGAGUCCAUCCACUGGAGCAGCUCCAAUGCAAAAUUUAGUCCAGGUCAGGGUCUGGUCCUGUAUCCUCAGAUCGGGGACAAGAUGGAUAUUGUGUGUCCCCGGGCAGAUGCUUCCUCGGUAGGAAACGAAGAGUUCUACCGAGUGUACCUCGUCUCCAGAAGUCAGAUGGAGAGCUGCACCAUCCACAAGACGGACACGCCCUUGCUGAACUGUGACAAGCCGCACCAGGACGUAAAGUUCACGUUCAAGUUCCAGGAGUUCAGCCCCAACCUGUGGGGUCUGGAGUUCCUAAAGGGGAAGGACUAUUAUAUCACCUCCACCUCUGCAGGCUCUCUGCAGGGACUGGAUAAUACUAAUGGAGGGGUGUGUAAAACCAAAUCCAUGAAGCUGGUGCUGAGAGUCGGCCAAAGCGCUUCAGAUCCACCUUCAACCCUCCAGGAGUCCCCCACCAGGUUCCCACCCAAACGACCAAAGUCCAAGUCUAAGAACCCCUCUGCGAAGGAAAAUGAUAUAAAGAACAAAACUGACUCGGACUCAGAAGCAGGACAAACAAACCCCGGUGGUGGCGGUGGCUCUGAGCCAGGACUGCUCAUGUGGGUCGUCUCUGGUGUUGUGAUCCUACUUCUUGUCAUCAUCAUUUUGCUGGUCGUGCUGUGGAGGCGCCGUAACCGUCACCAUCACCGUGUCCCAGAUAGCCAGCAGUCUGCCUCCGUGUCCCUCAACACUUUAGCCGUGGCAAAGCGGGACAGCAUCAGCAGUGACAACAACGGCUCGGACCGCAGCGAUGUUGUCUUUCCUAUGCGAGCUUCUGAAAACAUGAUCUGUCGUCAUUAUGAGCGUGUGAGUGGCGACUACGGGCCCCCUGUGUACAUAGUUCAGGAGAUAAUGCCCCAGAGUCCCACCAACAUGUACUACAAGGUUUAA